AUGAAGACGCUCAACUACAUUGUUGUCCUAUUUGGUCUAGCUGCCGCUGUGCCACUCGGCAUCAUAUCAGGUGUAUCUGAUCUUGGUAGUGGCGUAGGCGACGUCACAAGUGGUACUCUCGACGCUACCGGGAGAGUAGUCGAUGGUGCGGGUAACGUAAUUGAAACCAUCGGGAACACCUUCGCAGUAAAGCGUGGUAUGGUUGAUGGUACUCUCGAUACGGACAAAGAACUAUCUGAUGCGGUGGUUGGUGUAUUUAUUGGUCUUUCCGAUGGAGCCGAGCAAAUAACCGACAAUGUGGGUGAUGUGGCCCAGGGUGUCAGGGAUGACCUUAAGGCUCUUGGAGCAAACGUUGAGGGUCUUCUUCCCGCGAAGCGCGGUGUGGUCACUGGCUUGCUUGGGAACGUGGCUGUUCAACUCGUCGACGUCGCGGACAACGUUGUCGACGAUCUCGGUUCAUUCCUUGGAAACAAUGCGGCUGCAAAGCGUGGUCUAACCCUGCCGUUUGUCGUCAACUUGAAAGACGUCUUGGAGAAGGCAGGCGACACUGCUGACAACGCGUGCUCAAGUGUUGAGGGGAGUUCUUGA